CGUUGGCCAGCGCGGUGGAUAUUUCGCAUAUCCGCAGUAUUCCAACCCGUAACGGUAUCGAAGUUUGAUUUUUAAAAUUUCUACCGCCAUAAAAAAUAAAUAACAUAAUAAAAUAAUAAACAAAUCCGGUGUGCGUGCCAGUGCUUGUGUGCUUUGUCUCAAUGAAAUGCCAAACUAAAUAAGCUUGGAAAAGUUUUCCAUCCAGUUUUUAUGGCAACUUAGUGGGGCCCAAAAAAGUGUCAAUUGAAUUAGCGUCUCGGGGUUUUGAAAAAUAAAAUAUAAUAAGCAAAAGAGAGAUUAUCAAGGCGCAAACGGCUGAUUGGAUCGCAGAUUUUAUUUGAAUUUGCAGUGGUGUUUAUUCCGAUAACACAAAAACAAAGCACCUGUGGCUCCUCCUCUCAUUUUUUGGAUCCUCCUCUAAUUCCGGCUAAAUAGAGAACGUCGACAGCAGAAAAACAAAUACAUCAGGGAAAGGAAAAAAGGGAAAGCGGAGAAAGGGAAAGCGGGAAGCAGGAGCAACCGCAGGGCGGCGGGCAUGGCGUAUACGCAAUGCGCAGCAUGUGCUAUUACUAUCGCUGCUACUGCCACGGCCACCUCGAGUCAAUUAGGGAGUUCACACGCCAGCGGGCUCUGUAAUUGAAGUCCACCCACCUGUUCCGCCCUGUUCGCCCUCCAUUAGCCACUGAUACCAGCCUCGAAUACUCGAUCGGAAGAGGGAAACCCCCCAGGAAACCCGAACCCAAAAUGUCCGCCUUUCGCUAUUUCUCGAUCACGGACUUCUCCUUCGAGGGACCGCUGCUCCCGCUGCACGCGGCCCACACGGAGAAGGAUAUGAAGGGCUCGGAUAGUCCCAGCUCCGACCUGAACAUCCCCUACACCGUCUUCGAGGUCCUCGUGGCCAUUGUCAGCAUCAUCGGCAACGUCCUGGUGAUCAUCGUCUUCCGCAGGGAACGCAAGCUGCGCCGCCGCACCAACUACUACAUAGUUUCGCUGGCCAUGGCCGAUCUCCUGGUGGGCUGCCUGGGCAUACCCUUCGCCAUCCUGGCCUCCAUUGGGCUGCCCAGGAACCUCCACGCCUGCCUCUUCACCGUCUCGCUGCUCGUGGUGCUCUGCACCAUCUCCAUCUUCUGCCUGGUGGCCGUCUCCGUGGACCGCUACUGGGCCAUCCUGUAUCCAAUGGCCUACUCACGGAACGUCCGCACCCGCACAGCGAUAUUUAUCAUAUCGAUGUGCUGGGUGGCUGGGACGAUAGUGGGCUUCCUGCCUCUCUUCGGUUGGUACAACACGGAGUUCAAGUACGACGAGGAGUGCCUCUUCGUCGAGGUGAUGGACUACAACUACCUCGUCUUCCUCUACUUUGCCACAAUUAUCACACCGGCUCUCCUGAUGCUGGGCUUCUACACGCACAUCUACCGGGUGAUCAUUAAACAGGUCCGUCAGAUCGUAACGAUGAACCCCGCCUCCGAUCUCAGUCGUCGCUCCUCGGCGGCAGUGGUACAGGUGACGACUCCCGGAAGAGCUGGACACACGGGCACAAUGCUGCGGGUUCUGGGGGCCGCCAGGAAGCGGGACGUCAAGGCCACCCAGAACCUCUCGAUCAUAGUGCUGUUCUUCAUGAUCUGCUGGAUUCCGCUGUACACGAUCAACUGCAUCAAGGCCUUCUGUCCCACAUGCUAUGUGGCGCCCAGACUGACGCUCUUCUGCAUCAUCCUGUCGCAUCUGAACUCGGCUGUGAACCCGGUGCUGUACGCCUACCACCUGAAGGACUUUCGGGCUGCCUUGAAGAACCUGCUGCUGAAGAUGAUGGGCGUGGACAUUGACCAGCAGGCGGAGGCCAUCCACCGGUUCUCGGUGGCCAGCCAGCAUCGCCUCCAGUCGAUGGACUCCAAUAUGCGCUCCACGCAGCCGCGCCUCUAUGUGGAUUCACCCAUUUGGCUGAGGCAGCAGCAGGAGGCCCUGAAGAACUCCCAACUUUUGCCCAAAUGUGGGGUGGUAUCUCCCUGUUUCAAUAACAUCAACCAAACGGUGGCCGCCGUUGCCUCGGUGACCACGGAGAUCGAGCGGGAAAUGUGGAACAUCGUGGAGGCAUCCAGUGGCGCGGAGUUGGGUGAAACCAGCUACGAGUUCCCGUCCCCUGCUGCUCCGGCCUCCCAGCGAAGCAGCAGCUCCACUGUGCCACCUGCUCCUCCAGCUCCUGCCCCUCCUUCGCAAGCCCACAUUCCGUCCGCCUCCUAUGACAACCACAACUAUAGCUUCAGCCAGGAUGAAGGUGAGGAUGACGACGAUCUGGAGUUCGAGGAUGUCUUUGUGCCAGCCAGCUCAGUGCCCAAUCCCCAGCCAGGCAUAGAUCCUGUGGAGCUGCGACGCUCCUUGGCCUUGGUCAUGCGGGAGAAGCUUCGAUCCGAUGACACGGACUCCAGGCCGCCAAUGGGUAACAUCCAGGAGCUUCCCAUGGAUGCAGACUGCAGGGAGAGACCCCUGUCCACACAGACCUCCCCCACAAAUGGCCCUCUUCCGGCUCUUCUGCGGGCCAAGCUAUUUGCUGGCAACUCCAACAGUGCUCACUGCCUGCCAGGAUCCAAGGAUUCGGGAUCCGGAUCGGGUGUCUUUGUGAUCGAUAGUGAGGCGAGUCCUGGUUCCAAUGGGCACAAACCCAAGUACCGUAAGGGCACCGCUUUGACCAGGAGUUCCCUGAAGAAGAGCAGAUCCUGCAAUUGUAGUUCCAUUGCCAAGGGAAAGGGGUCCACGACGAGCAUAGCAAGAUCUGGAUCAGGGUCAGGGAUCCUCCCGCAACAGCAAUCGCAGCCAUCCAACCAUCCCUCAGAGAUUUUCGGUCCCCUGAGAUCCGUGGGCAGCUUCAUGCAGCAUUCCAACCUGUUCCACUUCCUCCAGCCCCACAACGCCCGUCCCACCUCAUCGACGGCCUCGUCUUGCUCCACGCCCACCCCCUCACCACCGCCGCCCAUGGUCCAGGUGCCGGAUCAGGAAGGAUCGGUUCCAGUGGGUUCCGGUCUGACCACCUCCUCGCCCUCGCUUCUGGCGACCAGUGCAGAAAGUUGA